CACGGGCGCCGGGAAGAAGUGGGUGGGGCCCCGCCAGCGUCCGCGCCAUCAAGCCCCAGGUAGCGGCCAGGCUUUCGGUGCAUGGUGUUCCGGGCCGAGCGAUUCAGCCUGCUGCCAGCGAUGGAGGGCGUGCGCUGGGCCUUUUCCUGUGGCACCUGGCUGCCGAGCCGAGCCGAGUGGCUGCUGGCCGUUCGAUCGAUCCAGCCCGAGGAGAAGGAGCGCAUCGGCCAGUUCGUCUUCGCUCGUGACGCCAAGGCAGCCUUGGCUGGUCGUCUGAUGAUAAGGAAAUUAGUUGCAGAGAAAUUGAAUAUACCUUGGAAUAAUAUUCGUUUGCAAAGAACUGCAAAAGGAAAACCAGUUCUUGCAAAAGACUCGUUGAAUCCUUACCCCAAUUUCAACUUUAACAUCUCUCAUCAAGGAAACUAUGCUGUACUUGCUGCGGAACCUGAGCUGCAAGUUGGAAUUGACAUAAUGAAGACUAGUUUUCCAGGUCGUGGUUCAAUUCCGGAAUUUUUUCAUAUUAUGAAAAGAAAGUUUACCAACAAAGAAUGGGAAACAAUCAGAAGCUUUAAGGAUGAAUGGACUCAGCUGGAUAUGUUUUAUAGGAAUUGGGCACUGAAAGAAAGCUUCAUAAAAGCCGUAGGUGUUGGAUUAGGAUUUGAAUUGCAACGGCUUGAAUUUGACAUCUCACCAUUAAACCUGGAUAUAGGCCAAGUUUAUAAAGAAACACGUUUGUUUUUGGAUGGGGAAGAAGAAAAAGAAUGGGCAUUUGAGGAAAGCAAAAUAGACGAGCACCAUUUUGUUGCAGUAGCUCUUAAGAAACCCAAUGGAUCUAGACAUCAGGAUGUUACAUCUCAAGAUGAUUCUAAACCAACCCAGAGGCAGUUUACUGUUCUCAGCUUUAAUGAUUUAAUAUCAUCUGCUGUUCCUAUGACUGCUGAAGAUCCUUCCUUUUGGGACUGUUUUUGCUUCACAGAAGAAAUUCCAAUACGAAAUGGUACAAAGUCAUGAUGUGAUUUUCUUAGUAACAAAGGGAAAUGAAAACUAUUCUUCUGUAGUCACUAAAAAAAAAAGUCAAUGCCUGAUAGUAUAAGUUUUAUUUCACAAAACAGUUCAAAAAAGAAAAAAACUUUUCCCAUUAAAAGGGGAGACUCCCAGGUCAAGAUAGCUCACUAGAAUUCAUGUUGACCCCUUCUCCCUCCCCAAAGUCACAUAGCAUCGACUGCAAACACAGAAAUCGGUGGCAGAUUCUUAAAGUGAUGCAUGUUCGUUGUAGGGGAAAAAAUAGAAAAUGCAGAUAUGCAAGAAGGAAAUAAUUGAAUUCCUUCCUUUCAGAGAGAACGGUUUCAGAGGUAAUUAUUCCUAAAACCUGGAGUAUCUUUCCAGACCUUUUUCUUGGCAAGAAAUCCAUAUUGAUAUACUUGUUUUUUGCUUUUUGGGUUUUUUCAUGGGAGCAUACUGUUUUUAAUUUUUUUUCUCUUAACUGUACAUCUACUGUUCAUAAAUAGAAUUCUGUAGCAUAACUUUUAGUGGCUCUAAAGUAAUCUGUUGUACGGUUAUUAUCAGGAUGUUUUUGACCAGGGGUAACGUUCAUGUAUGAUUGACUUAAGUAACCAACGACAUUUAUUGUCUCACAUGACAUAUAGGUCAGGGGUGUUGUCAUUAAGGACUUUUUUUUGCCUCAGUCUCAGUUUAUCAGUUUUGCCUUAGGCUUGUCUCCUUCAUGGUCACAGGAGGUGCUGAUGUAACUUACGGCUUCACAUCUUCAUAAAAAUUGCAUCAAAAAGGCAGGAAAGAUUGUCCUCUCGCAUCUCAGUUUUGUCAGUGAGGAAGACCUUUCCCUCUUAAGAAGCCCCGGAAGAUGUCACCAAAGUUUCUGUUGACUCAGAUCAGGUCAUUGCAAAAGCUGAACGCAGACACUUUUGGCCUCUGUGGGAAGUAGACUGGUGAGGAAGCAGCUAGGGCAGGGUUUGGGGAGUGACACCGAGGGGAAGCCCGCUGCCGGCCAUCGGGAAGGCGUGCCGGUUUACCCAUUCUUCCCUCUGUCAGGCAUGGUGAGUGUCUGUGCUUUUUACUAUGAACAGUGGUGCAUUGAACAUCUUUGUAACCACAUUUUGAAGUACGUGUUUAAUUAUGUCCUUAAGAAAGUAGAUUUCCACAAGUUGAAUGAUUGGUUCAAAAGGAUUAAACAUUUUUAGGGCUUUGAUAAAUACUGCCGAACUGUUCUCUAAGAAGGCUGUCCACUUCACAUUGCCAGCCAGUGUUCUGUGUGUGCCCCUCUCUCGCCGCCCCCCGUACUCCUGCCCGUGUCUAGACACUUUUUUUUUUAAUGUAAUCUUGGCCAAUAUAGGUGGGAAGUGGUACCUUAUUUUUUAAAUUUGUGUUUCUUUCAUUAUGAAUGAGGUUAAUAUAUCAGUGUUGUUAUUGGCUGUUUGUAUUCCUUUUUUAUGAACUGCUCGUUCAUUGUCAUCGCCUGUUCUCUUUUUAGUAAAUAGGACUUAAAGUGGGAACAUAGUGUAAAAGAUGCCAAGACCUUCAUACUGCUGACAGGACUGUAUGGUUGUAGCGCAUGUCUUGGGGAGUUAAAGUCUUGUUAUUCUUAAAUGUCAAGAAAUGAAAUAAUUUGUUUCUGUUACUAAAAUUAAAAAAUUGUGUGUAACUUGUAUAAAAUGAGAUACUUUGCUUAAGUAAAAAGAUUUGGAAUGUUUUAUGAUUUUUCAUUUCAUUAAGCAUGCCCAGAUAUGCCAAGCAUAGUAAAUUAACGUUUUUAAAAGAUCAGUAGCAUUUGUAAUAGAGGAGGCAUUGUUAUCCGUAGCAUGAAUGUAAUGGUGAUGUGAAAAGCUGUUUUCUGACUUGUCGUUAUAAUAAAAUGAUUUAACACUGAA